AUGACUCUCCAUGAUGAAACAGACCUCCUCAUGUGCAGGACCUUCCCCACGCUACUUGGGGGGCGAGCUUUAACAUGGUACACCACCCUACCGACUGGUAGUAUCGCUUCAUGGGACGAGUUAGCGAGCAAGUUUCAGUCUCACUUUGCAACCAGUCGCCCUGUGCCAAAAUCUGUCCACUCUCUAGAAAAAAUACGCCAACAGCCGGGCGAGUCCCUCAGGUCCUUUUUAGACCGCUUUGAUAAAGAGGCCCUGCAGGUACAAGGCAUGGACCCAAAAGUACAGGUACAUAUACUUCUUUCGGGCUUGCGACAGGGUGCGUUCGCGUACGAACUUUCCUGCCAUGAAAUCAUUGACCUGGAAGAAGUCAAGAAGGUGGCCCAGGAGUACAUGCGAAUCGAAGAGUACAAAGGAAGCCGAGUUGAUGACGCCCACAGUCAAGAAAAGGCGGUCAGUAAACAGAAGAACCAAAUGGAAGAAAGUAAGAAAGGAAACAAACCAGCCAAAUAUUCAAACCUCCCUUCUGGGCGCGACAUAUCAGGUCGUCAGACACACGCCGUCCUACAAACGGAAUAUAAGGAAGAAUCUAAGAGCACCCCGCAGCCUCAGAACCCGCCUAAAGAAAACGUCAUGUACUGCAAGUUCCAUCGCAGCAACGGUCAUAACACUGAGCAAUGCAGGCACCUCAAAGACGAGAUUGAUAAACUCAUCAAAAGCGGAGCGCAGAGGCGAGGAGGAGACGGUCCACGCCCUUCUGGAACAAGAAGGCGAUAUCGCGAGCGCAGCAAAUCGCCUAAAAGAAGAAGAACGAAUCAAUCUGGCUCCAGACCCUUCUACAACCGUGACAGGAGAGAAGAUUCCCCCAGGAAUCGCAGAGCGCAAGCAAGCCCAAACCGCAGAGGGAGGCGUGAAGAAGUGGAAGAAAACUCAGCCGCGGUAAAGAACGGAGUGAUAAACAUGAUAUCAGGCGGACUGAGCGGAGGAGGAGAAACGGCGAACGCCAGAAAGAAACACUUGAAGCAGUGUCUGGCGGUUGUUGGCAGAGUCAUUAGCAAAGUAAAGAACAACCCUGGCCCAACCAGGCCUCAAAUUGUUUGGGACAACAGCGAUUUGGGCGAUAUCCUCCCAGGACAUGACGAUUCACUCGUCAUUCAAGCAAUAAUCGCCAACUUGGGCGUGAAUCGCGUUUUUAUUGACCACGGCAGCUCAGCCGACAUUUUGUUUUUACCAUGCUUUAAAGCAUUAGGGUUUACUGUUAAUAGUUUAACUCCUGUUACAGAUGAACUCUCAGGUUUCAAUGCUACCACCACAAAGCCACUGGGAGUGAUUACCUUGCGACUUUCCCUUGGAACGCCGCCCACCUCACGAUCAGCAGACAUCCAGUUUUUGGUGCUCGACACCCCAUCAGCUUAUAACGCCAUUCUUGGUAGAAGGAUGUUCGCUGCCUUCGAGGCAAGCAUCUCGCACCCCCACUUGGCAAUGAAGUUUGUUUCCCGGGAUAACAAAGUCGCCACGGUACGGGGAGAUCAGACGAUAGCCCGAAGCUGCUACAACAUAUCCUUGAGGCCAAUGGCCAAAGCUAGUUUCUAUAAUGAAAUGGCGCCCAAACAGAGGGUGACAUCGCCAGCCGAAAGAAAUCCAGGCGAGGAGACAAAGGAGCGUGACCAAUGUUUUUUGGUAGAAUUUGAUGCCAGGGAUGAUCCGCGCGUGGAGCAUGACAGACCCACGCCUGAUGGGGCGUUAGAACAUGUUGUAUUAGGCGAUGCAGAUCAUCAAAUGACAACUAUCGGGGCCACCAUCGACCCCAAAAUGAAAUGCAAGUUGCUCAAAGAUAACAAAGAUUUGUUCGCAUGGAAACCUUCUGACAUGCCGGGUAUCAAUCCAGACGUUUGCUGCCACCAUUUGUCGGUGGAUCCCAAAGCCAAGCCAGUCGCCCAGAAAAAAGAGGAAAUUCGGUCUCGACCGCCAGAGGGUGAUUGA